AUGAAUCUAAAGAAAGAUUCGCAUUGGAAGAUUGAGACUGUAAAGUCUGGGUGGCAUGAGUACCCAACCACUCUUGCCAAGUCACUUACUAAGCAACAGAGGAUGGGCCUUGAUCAUGAGGAUGAGUCUGGUAAAACACCUAUUGUUGUUGCUCUGCUUGAAGGAGACUAUGGAAAAGCUGAAAUAUUUGUAGAUUUGGGAUUUUUUGAUCCUAAGAGAGUAGAUUCUAUAACUGGCCUUACUGUUUUACACCAUAUUGCGCAUAUCACUGAUAUGAUUUUUCUGAAUAAAAUGGUAAAUGCUUUCAAAAGUGUACUGUUUCAAGAGGAUUUCAAAGGUAAUCAGCCUAUUCACUAUGCUUGUUUUCAAAGAAAUACAAAUUUUGUGGAGAUUUUACUUAAAGAAGGGGCUAAGAUAAACUGUAAGAAUUCUGAAGGAAACACUCCGUUACAUCUUGCUUGUGGUGGCAAUGAUCCUAAAAAUGAUGAUUCCUCAAAAUUUGAAGAGUUUUUAAUCGGCCAAGGAGCAAACACUAAUGCCAAAAACUCCUUAGGCCAGAUCCCAGCAAUGUUGCUCUUUAUCAAUAGGGAAGACGACGAACUUAUUUUGAAAGGCAGUAAAUAUGAUCCUAUAAGCACUCUUAUGAAAUUUAACAACACUGAUUUAUCUAUUGUAGACAAGUUUGGAAGAAAUUUGCUUCACUACGCAUGCAUAAGAGGAGCCACUAUUUCUGUUAUCAGUCUUCUUGGUCAGAGCAUCACAGCUGGAAAGAAAGCUAAGAUAUCAAAGAAAAAGAUCAACACUGAAUUAGAAGAUUACUCAGGAACUACUCCUUUUGGAUACGCUGUGAAAAAUAACCAUCAAGAUUUAUGUAUCCACUUGAUUCAGUUAGGCAUUGAGAUACCUGAAUUCAUUCCUCAGUUUGAGUACAACCAAGAAAAUGAGCUUUAUAAAGCUAAAGCAGAUAACUCUAUGUUCAUCUCACAACAAUGUUGGAAGAAUAAAGAGCAAUUUGGAAUACUGAAAGAGAAUCCUGAUACUAAGUGUAUCUUUGACAAAGGGAUUUAUCAGAUUCAGAAGGAAUCAAUCCUUGACCUAGCCAUUCAACACAACAUGGACUCAGUGAUCUUCUUGUUGCUAGAGAAGAUCACUGAUGUCCCGACUAUGCUGAUGAUAUGCUUGCAGAAUGGCAAAAUGGAGUUGUUCCAGAAAGUUGGAGAGCAAGGCCUGAAAUUAGCCUCCAAAGGUAAAAAAAAACUGAUAAUUCCUGAUGAGAAAUCUCACUUGAUGAAGAAGAUACUAGAGGUCCUCUUAACUCCUGGAUCAUAUGAUGAGUCUAAGUUCGAGCCUCCUCUCUUUUAUUCAAUCAUGCAUGAGGAUGAGGACCUAUUGAAAGCAAUCCUUGAGGGACUCACAGAUGAUGAGAUUGUAGAUGAACUUAACAAAAAGACAUUCAAAGGCACUUCUAUUUUCUCUGAAGUUUUUAGAGAUAUUGUUGAAGAGAAAGAUAAUUACUUUGAAACUGUGGGCUCAUUGUUUGACCCUAUUGCUGACUUAAUCCCUUGCCUAGACCCAUUCAUUAGAGUUCCUAAAGGAGAGGAAAUAAAAGGAUUUGAGUACAUUCAUCCUUUACUAUACAAAAACAUCACAGAGGGGCUUUAUAGUGUCUACCCUGGAAAAGAUUCAGUGCAAGAGGAAGGAUUUCUCAACAUAUUUGACCUGGCUGGGGUAUUCUGAGAGCACACUGGGGAAAACUAUAUUGACCAAGUCUUUAGAUACGGAAAAAUAUCACAGUUCUUGAGCCAUCCUGAGAUCAAACCUCAGGCUGUGAAAUACCUAAGUGUGAAAAAAAAUAGAGCUAAUAUCGAGAGACUCAAAAGCUAUACUAUCAAUGGAGCUCACCUUGACUUUGAAAGGAUUUCUCAAAAAUGUGAAAUCGAAUUUGGCUUCUCUUUGAACUUCAAGAAAAAGAAAGAGAGGCAUCCUGAAGUCAAAGCAAAGAUGAAGUCUCUCUAUAAGUAUGAUUUUAUUAAGGAUUCUGAGAAGGUACUUGACCAAAGAGUCAAACAACAGCUCAAGAAGCUCAAGGAAAAAGGCCCAAAAUUCUCACCAAAGAACACCUCUCAGACAAAAUUUGAGUGUGAAGUAGCUCUCGAUGAUGCUACUACUAAGAACUGAUAUGUUGUCAAAGAUACUGAAGGAGCGAAGCUUUAUUUUGAUGCAUUCAGACCUAGAAUGAACUUCAGAAAUUAUUCAGUCCAUAGCUGCUUGUACUAUUACAUGCAACUGUUGAGAGAUGAGGGAAAAGAUCUUUACAUACUAUGGACAUCAUGGGGAAGUCUUGGAUAUGAUAAUCCUGAAUCGCAGCGGACUCCCUUCAAAUCCUUUGAAGAAGCAAAGAAAGAAUUCGUAAAAGUGUUUAAGCAGAAGUUUAAAAUUAAAUGGGAUGAAGCUUUUCUCUAUAUUGGGAACCCUAAAAUUGGAUUUUACCAGCCAGGAUUAUGUGAAACUAUUUUCUUGGAGGAUCUCAUUCCAAAACUGGACUAUAGUGUCCCAAUGAAAUCUGACAUAAGAAUGAAGGCCUUAUUCAAAGAGUUUAUCGAAAUCGAUAAGAUUGUGAAGCAGUUUGUGAAAAUGGACUACACUCACGAGUGUUUGAUGGUCUCUCCACUUAACAAUCCUAAAAUAGAGGAAGGGCUGAAAAUCUUAGAUGAAAUUAUAUCAAAAUUUGCUUUUAUUGAAAAAUGCAGGGAAGAGUCGAACAUUGAGGAUUACAAUCUCACAUGCGCCCAGAUCAGUGAGCUGAGCAAUAAGUUCUACAAGCUAAUUCCAAGGAGGAAUCCAAAGAAAUGACCAAACUUGACUCAUUCUGGAAGAGUCGAUACUGAGAAGAAAGAGAUUCAUGAAUUACUAAGGAUGAGCACCAACAUCAGAAUGAUGGUUGCUGCUUCUGUACAUGACAAGAAAAUAAACCCUCUUGAUUAUAUCUACUCUUGUUGUAGGAAUCAGACUGAGUUUGAUUUUGUAGAAGAAGGAACUGAUGAGUUUGAGCUCAUUAAAACCUUCCUUAAUAUAAAUGACAUCAAAAACAAGAACUUGAUUGAGGCAGUAUUGAAAGUUUCAGAUGAUAACUGCACAGAAGCUCAGAACAAAGCAUUUUAUCAGAAGGAAGGACAUACAAUGCUUCAUACGAUGAUCCCUAAAUCUCACUUCCUAUCAUUCCUUCUUUCAGGGAUGAAACUUACACCUGAUAUCAUAUAUCGUGAAGAUGAUCCAGAUUUUCCUAGUAAGGACUACGUAUUUUAUGAAAAACUCUGUGACGAAUGGUAUUCAACCGAAUACGAAGAUUACAUCCUCAUUUGUGAAGUAGCAAUUGGCACAAUGGUUAACCUCAUUGACAAAUACGAAAGCGAAGAGCUAAAGCCAAGCAGCUAUGUAGAUACCUUCAGAAGAAUGGGCACAUCUGGGACUUGUUGGGACACUAUGCUUGUAAAAGAUGGUGUAAAAUGGCCUCAAAACCACAUUGAAGAAUACGGGCAGUUGCCAUACUUCAAGACUAAAGACUCCAAGAAUAUUUCCCAAUUCGAUGACUUUAAGCAUUAUCUGAAUGGAAAGAUCUCCUCUGAGCAACUCAAGGUAGGAGAUUAUGGGCUUUGUGAAGUGAAGGAAGACGAAGAAGAUUCUGAACAAGAGGACUCACAAAUGGAAGACAGCCAGCAAGAAUCUGAAAAUGAAGAUAUGUCAGAAAACUCCGAAGUAGAUGAGUCUAUGAGUGAGAAUGGAGACUGUGAUGAAGAAGAUGAGGGAGAAGAUGAGGGAGAAGAUGAGGGAGAAGAUGAGGGAGAAGACGAGGGAGAAGAUGAAGAGGAUGACGAAGAGCUGGAGGAAGAAUCAGAUGAAGUAGAGCCAGACGAAAAUGACCUAUUCUUUGUAGAUACAUAUUUUAAUAAGAAUUAUAAGAGAAUGAAGGAUAAUCCAGUGAAGAAUCCUCUUGAGCCAAACCAAGUUACAGCAAUUAAGAAGACAAAGGAUCAGGACUUUGACAACCUAGAUAGUGAGAUGAAGAACUAUACUGCUUACUCUGUGUUUAACAGAAACAAUUUCAGAAUUAGAUACAUCGCGAAGAUCAGGAAAUUGGCCGAUGAUGAACAAAUCUCCGAGCUAUCUAGUGAAGACUCAAGCAGAGAUGGUUCAGAAAGCGAUGCUUCAGAAAGCAAUGCUUCCUAAAUAGCGAAUUUGGGCUGAAGGAUACAGAUAAC